AUGACAACGUGGCAGCCAACACAGGAAACAGCGGCUGGAAAGGAGUGUCAGGCAGACGGUGAACUAUGGAUUCGAACGGCUGUUCUCUACACGUUUCUAUUCUUGGUGGGUAUCCUUUGGCUAUUCCGCCAUUCCGCUGGGCCAAGAAGACUCCCCGCGGGAGGUGCUGGUGUCGAGCCAUCCAGACGGUCGGCAGUAGCUGCGCGGCCGUCUGCGCCACACGACGCCGAUAAAGCGCAUUUUCUGUCUUUCCUGCUGGAUGGGGAGUACAGAGAACCCAUGCGACGUACUGGCGGGCAACCAAAUACCGCAGCACUCGUCACCAGUGCAGAGUCUGGUCUCUACGAUGACAUGCAGGGUCCGGAUGCAGCAGUUGGGGGCCAUGACGAGGCAGGUUGUACGAACGCAAUACCACCGGCAGAGUCGGCGGCAGCAUACCCUGCGGCUCCGGGGGCGUCAGCUCACGCUGCUACUGAUCUUAGAGGGGAGGUUGACCCCUGCCCCCAUGGUGGCACAGCUGAAGCAGAUGGGCCACAAAAUGAGCGAGUGCCUAACGAACCGGCUGCGCAGGCGUCCGAUUCACAACUGCAACGGCGAGGAAAUGCCUCUGCCGAGCUAGGAAACAAUGACGGUCACGGGAAUCCGGAGCGAAGCCCGAGCAGCACCAGAAGCCUCAUUGUUGUCGACCCGGCAAGGCCCAGUCAACUAGAGACACACGAGGCGGCAGGCGAUCCAGCAGAACGGGACUCUGGUCAGAGAGAAGCUCCCCUCGGCUCAACCGCGACGGUCUCCGCAGACGCCUGUUCCUCCGAGGACCCAGUGGCGGCAACACUGUCAUCGGAUGCAGCACCUCGUGAACGGCCAGAAGGGGAAUCUGAAUUAAGUGACGAUGAUCCAUUCUUCACGGGUCAAGAUGAGGAGAAUGACUUCUCAGGAAGGCGGUACAACAAAAUCUAUCGGAGGAUUCCGCAAACGUCAUUCAGUGUUCUAGCAGCUGCAGCGCCAGGCGACGAAAAGGCAACGGACGCCGCGCCCAACCAGAAUGCUCCACAAACUGCAGAUAGCCAGGUCGAGUACCGAGGAGACACAGAGGCAAAGUUCUCUUUGUCAGACGGGGAUGCCCUGGAGGCAGGUUCAGCAGGGAGAACAGACGAGACUAUUCCGCAAGAAGGGUCCGCACCAUCGCCUACGGAGGAUGGGACGGUACAUGAGGCGGGUGCACUGGAAGUUUCUCAGGUUGGGCAUGCCGCCGGAACUGUCCAUGGAAAAGAGGACGCCGAGCAGGGGUACUUCGAGGACGCGGCUGCUGCGGAUGACGUAGAGAGCGAACGCCUGGUGGUGAAUUAG